AUGAGGGAGAAACGCCGCACUGGUCGGUGCAAGGGGAAAGUGCACCACGCGCUGCGUUACUUCGGAGGGGCGGUGUGUGUGUGCCGCACCGCCAUGUCGCACCACAGCGACGAGCAGGCGCUGCUAACGGUCGCCUCGGACUCCUUCUGGGAGCCGGGGAACUACAAGAGGACCACGCGGCGGAUAGACGACGGCCACCGGCUCUGCGGCGAGCUCCAGGCCCUGGUGCAGGAGCGCGCCGACAUUGAGAAGACGUACGCGAAGAGUCUGCGCGGCUGGGGCAAGAAGUGGAACGACCUCAUCGAGAAAGGUCCGGAGUAUGGCACAAUGGAGGCGGCGUGGAAGGGCGGCAUGGUUGAGGCGGAGCGCCUCUCGGACCUCCACCUCAGCGUGAGGGAUCGUCUCGUGAAUGACGUCAUCGCGCAAAUAAAGAACUGGCAGAAGGACACCUAUCACAAGUCGAUGAUCCAGCUGAAAGAGAGGAAGGAGAUGGACGAGGCGUUCAAGAAGGCGCAGAAGCCGUGGGCGAAGCUGCUGCAGAAGGUGGAGCGCACCAGGCUCGAGUACCACACCGCCUGCAAGCAGGAGAGGACGGCGCAGAACCAGGAGAGGAACGCCAGCGGAGAUAGUUCGCUGAGUCCCGACCAGGAGUACACGGAGGAGUUCCGGGACAUCGCGAAGGGCAAAUCCAAGGAGAGCCUGCCCACCGGACCCAUCACUCUGCUGAACCAGCGGCCCGUCAGCGAGGACGAGUUGCCGCCGAUCAGCUCGAACAAGUCGGCGAAGAACGCCAACCACACGGACCAGGUGGGCCACAACAGCGCCGCCAACAACAGCGUCGCCAACAACAGCGUCACCAACAACAGCAACAACACCAGCGCCAACAACACCAUCGACAAGAAGAGCAUCAGCGCCCCGAUAGCAGUCACCAACGGGACGGCGUCCGCGCCAAAGUCCGCCAAGACCUCGCCCGGCAAGGACAGCGGCCGCCAGGACAACCCGUUCGAGGAGGAGGAGUGGGACGAGGAGUCGGGCGGCGCGCUCACCGACACCGGCGAGCCGGGCGUGCCGGUGCGCGCCCUCUACGACUACACGGGCGCCGAGAGCGACGAGCUCAGCUUCCGCCAGGGUGAUCUAUUCGAAAAGCUGGAGGACGAAGACGAGCAGGGCUGGUGCAAAGGGCGCAAGGACGGUCGCGUGGGCCUCUACCCGGCCAACUACGUGGAGCCAGUGGGUCAC